AUGGCGAGUGGUGACGUGUGGGUCCAUAGGAGCGCAGGGAGGGCGGAGCUUCUUGCAGAUGAAAGGUUCGUGGUCUUCGUCGUGUCAACUAUGGGACAAGGUGAUCCCCCGGAUUCCAUGAAGGGUUUUUGGAGGUACCUUCUCCAGAAGCGUGUGGGUGCACAGUUGCUGCAAGGAUUACACUAUGUGAUGUUUGGGCUUGGGGAUUCAGGUUACCAGAAGUACAAUUUUCCUGCAAAGAAGCUCGAUCAGAGGCUUUUAGAUCUUGGUGCAAAGCGAAUCAUGGAGAAAGGUUUAGGGGAUGAUCAACAUCCUGCAGGAUAUGAAGGAGCUCUAGACCGGUGGUUGCAGUCUUUGUGGAAAUCACUAAAUGAAACAAAUCCAUCACAUUUACCUAGAAUAUCAGAUAUCAUUCAUCCCAAUUUGGAUGUUUUGGGGGAUGCAAAGGUCGAAGUCAUCUAUUACUCAGCUCCACAAGAUGCCGACAUUUCAGACUCCAAGAGAUUAAUUGAAAGACCACGCUCUAUGUCCCCUGCUCUGAAGUUCCAUAAUGAUGGAGAGCCACAAUACAUGUUACAGUUAGUAACAAAUCAACUUUUGACUACGGAGGACUCAGAAAGAGAUGUCCGCCACUUUGAACUGAAAGAUCCAUGUUGUGCUGUUAGAUAUCAAGUUAGUGAUGUUCUAGAAAUUCUACCUAGUCAGAAUCCAUCAGCCGUUGAUUCUUUCAUUAAACGAUCUGUUCAGUCCUGCAGAUUGUUACAUAAUGGUAUGCAGAUCUGUUCAGUCCUGCAGAUUUAA